AUGCUCUUCCUGCUUCUGCCCCCUUCCUGCUCCGCCGCUCCCCCACUCCCCUGCUCACCCACACCAACACUCCCUUCCUCCCCUGCCUUUCAGACCGCCGAGUGUGCAUCAGUGUGUCGGAGGGGGGCGUGUUGCAGGCAGGAGGGGAGAUGCCCCACCCCACCCCCUUACCCCCACUCAACUGCCCCUUUCCCCUGUCGCCCUCCUUCCCUCCCCACAGACCAUCGUGUGUGCAUCAGUGUGUUGGAGGGGGGCGUGUUACAGGCAGGCGGGGAGAUGCUAGAGCGUGCAGCAGCGGGGGAGAGGGGAGGGGGAGAAGGCGAGCUGGGGGAGGGGAGACCAGGGGAGGGCGGAAGGGGAGAAGGGGGAGCGGGGGAGGGGGACGUAUGGGUGGUGUGGUACAGGCAGGGGCGGGAUGGGCGGAUGGAGCGGAUAGAAGGGGCGGAGGGGCGCACGUACGUGCCUCAGGAGGCUGAUUAUGGCUGCUGUGUGGUGGCGGGCUGUCGGCCGUGGCUAUCUGAUGGCACGUGGGGAGACGAGGUGCUCUCUGCUCCGGGGCCCAUCGUACUGCCAGUGCUGCACGCCCUGCAUGCUGUGCCGCCUGCCCUUGAGCCAUUCGUCACAGCCAUUCGCGCGCACGGAUCAAGGCACACGCAUGGACCAAGGCGCGCACGUGGACCAAGGAACGCGCGCCCGGACCAAGGCGCGCGCCCGGACCAAGGCGCGCGCCCAGACCAAGGCGCGCCCCCGGACCAGGGCGCGCCCCUGGUCCAAGGCGCGCGCCCGGACCAAGGCGCGCGCCCGGACCAAGGCGCGCCCCCGGACCAAGGCGCGCCCCCGGACCAAGGCGCGCCCCCGGACCAAGGCGCGCCCCCGGACCAAGGCGCGCCCCCGGACCAAGGCGCGCCCCCGGACCAAGGCGCGCCCCCGGACCAAGGCGCGCCCCCGGACCAAGGCGCGCCCCCGGACCAAGGCGCGCCCCCGGACCAAGGCGCGCCCCCGGACCAAGGCGCGCCCCCGGACCAAGGCGCGCCCCCGGACCAAGGCGCGCCCCCGGACCAAGGCGCGCCCCCGGACCAAGGCGCGCGCCCGGACCAAGGCGCGCGCCCGGACCAAGGCGCGCCCCCGGACCAAGGCGCGCCCCCGGACCAAGGCGCGCCCCCGGACCAAGGCGCGCCCCCGGACCAAGGCGCGCCCCCGGACCAAGGCGCGCCCCCGGACCAAGGCGCGCCCCCGGACCAAGGCGCGCCCCGUGACCAAGGAGCGCGCCCGGACCAAGGCGCGCCCCCGGACCAAGGCGCGCCCCCGGACCAAGGCGCGCCCCCGGACCAAGGCGCGCGCCCGGACCAAGGCGCGCGCCCGGACCAAGGCGCGCCCCCGGACCAAGGCGCGCCCCCGGACCAAGGCGCGCCCCCGGACCAAGGCGCGCCCCCGGACCAAGGCGCGCCCCCGGACCAAGGCGCGCCCCCGGACCAAGGCGCGCCCCCGGACCAAGGCGCGCCCCGUGACCAAGGAGCGCGCCCGGACCAAGGCGCGCCCCCGGACCAAGGCGCGCCCCCGGACCAAGGCGCGCCCCCGGACCAAGGCGCGCCCCCGGACCAAGGCGCGCCCCCGGACCAAGGCGCGCCCCCGGACCAAGGCGCGCCCCCGGACCAAGGCGCGCGCCCGGACCAAGGCGCGCCCCCGGACCAAGGCGCGCCCCCGGACCAAGGCGCGCGCCCGGACCAAGGCGCGCCCCCGGACCAAGGCGCGCCCCCGGACCAAGGCACAGAGGAGGUGCGGUGCAUGCAGGGGGGGCAGCGGCGGGGUGAGGGCGAGGGGGCCGUGCUGCUGGAGGGAAGCAUGGGAGGGGCACAAGGCAGGCAUGAACGAGGAGUGCAUGAGCAAGGGGGGCGUGAGCGAGGGCAGGAAGGCCAGGGAAGCCGCGUGGAGGAAGGGCAUGAACCAGGGCGUGGAGGCAUAGGGGGAGGUUAUGUGGGGGAAGGAGAAGGCAGAAGGGAGAGCAGAGCGUCGGCAGAGGCAGAGAGUGCAGGGUCCCGCCCUGCAGUCAACCCCCCACACUCAGAAAGCAACACCACGCUCCGUAUAUCAGGAGGGCCCUACCACACGUCGCUCUUCCACCUGCACCUCCCGCCGUCCCCCCCCGCCCCCGCCUGGCUGCGCCCCUCCUCCUGCCGUAUUCAAUGGUUCCGCGUGCCCCCAGGGGGAUUUCACGCCUUAGACCCUCAACCCAUACCCGGUGCAACGGGCACAUCAUACCAAGCUGACGUGGCAGACGCGCACCAGUGCCUCAUGGUGGAGCUGCGACCACUCUUUACCCAAGAUGUGCACUCCCAGCAGGGGGAGGGGGAGGGGGAGGGGGAGGAGGUGGUGCUGCGAGUGCUGUCACCGCAAGUGCUCGUUGCCUCCGCAGUGGCGAGGGAUGUGGAUCUCAUAGUGGUGGCGGGCAAAGUAGCUUCACCCGACUCAGCCUCUUACCUUGCCAUUCGCCUCCUUCCCUGCCGCCCACCAGACCCAGCAGUGGCGAGGGAUGUGGAUCUCAUAGUGGUGGCGGGCAAAGUAGCUUCACCCGACUCAGCCUCUUACCUUGCCAUUCGCCUCCUUCCCUGCCGCCCACCAGACCCAGCAGUGGCGAGGGAUGUGGAUCUCAUAGUGGUGGCGGGCAAAGUAGCUUCACCCGACUCAGCCUCUUACCUUGCCAUUCGCCUCCUUCCCUGCCGCCCACCAGACCCAGCAGUGGCGAGGGAUGUGGAUCUCAUAGUGGUGGCGGGCAAAGUAGCUUCACCCGACUCAGCCUCUUACCUUGCCAUUCGCCUCCUUCCCUGCCGCCCACCAGACCCAGCAGUGGCGAGGGAUGUGGAUCUCAUAGUGGUGGCGGGCAAAGUAGCUUCACCCGACUCAGCCUCUUACCUUGCCAUUCGCCUCCUUCCCUGCCGCCCACCAGACCCAGCAGUGGCGAGGGAUGUGGAUCUCAUAGUGGUGGCGGGCAAAGUAGCUUCACCCGACUCAGCCUCUUACCUUGCCAUUCGCCUCCUUCCCUGCCGCCCACCAGACCCAGCAGUGGCGAGGGAUGUGGAUCUCAUAGUGGUGGCGGGCAAAGUAGCUUCACCCGACUCAGCCUCUUACCUUGCCAUUCGCCUCCUUCCCUGCCGCCCACCAGACCCAGCAGUGGCGAGGGAUGUGGAUCUCAUAGUGGUGGCGGGCAAAGUAGCUUCACCCGACUCAGCCUCUUACCUUGCCAUUCGCCUCCUUCCCUGCCGCCCACCAGACCCAGCAGUGGCGAGGGAUGUGGAUCUCAUAGUGGUGGCGGGCAAAGUAGCUUCACCCGACUCAGCCUCUUACCUUGCCAUUCGCCUCCUUCCCUGCCGCCCACCAGACCCAGCAGUGGCGAGGGAUGUGGAUCUCAUAGUGGUGGCGGGCAAAGUAGCUUCACCCGACUCAGCCUCUUACCUUGCCAUUCGCCUCCUUCCCUGCCGCCCACCAGACCCAGCAGUGGCGAGGGAUGUGGAUCUCAUAGUGGUGGCGGGCAAAGUAGCUUCACCCGACUCAGCCUCUUACCUUGCCAUUCGCCUCCUUCCCUGCCGCCCACCAGACCCAGCAGUGGCGAGGGAUGUGGAUCUCAUAGUGGUGGCGGGCAAAGUAGCUUCACCCGACUCAGCCUCUUACCUUGCCAUUCGCCUCCUUCCCUGCCGCCCACCAGACCCAGCAGUGGCGAGGGAUGUGGAUCUCAUAGUGGUGGCGGGCAAAGUAGCUUCACCCGACUCAGCCUCUUACCUUGCCAUUCGCCUCCUUCCCUGCCGCCCACCAGACCCAGCAGUGGCGAGGGAUGUGGAUCUCAUAGUGGUGGCGGGCAAAGUAGCUUCACCCGACUCAGCCUCUUACCUUGCCAUUCGCCUCCUUCCCUGCCGCCCACCAGACCCAGCAGUGGCGAGGGAUGUGGAUCUCAUAGUGGUGGCGGGCAAAGUAGCUUCACCCGACUCAGCCUCUUACCUUGCCAUUCGCCUCCUUCCCUGCCGCCCACCAGACCCAGCAGUGGCGAGGGAUGUGGAUCUCAUAGUGGUGGCGGGCAAAGUAGCUUCACCCGACUCAGCCUCUUACCUUGCCAUUCGCCUCCUUCCCUGCCGCCCACCAGACCCAGCAGUGGCGAGGGAUGUGGAUCUCAUAGUGGUGGCGGGCAAAGUAGCUUCACCCGACUCAGCCUCUUACCUUGCCAUUCGCCUCCUUCCCUGCCGCCCACCAGACCCAGCAGUGGCGAGGGAUGUGGAUCUCAUAGUGGUGGCGGGCAAAGUAGCUUCACCCGACUCAGCCUCUUACCUUGCCAUUCGCCUCCUUCCCUGCCGCCCACCAGACCCAGCAGUGGCGAGGGAUGUGGAUCUCAUAGUGGUGGCGGGCAAAGUAGCUUCACCCGACUCAGCCUCUUACCUUGCCAUUCGCCUCCUUCCCUGCCGCCCACCAGACCCAGCAGUGGCGAGGGAUGUGGAUCUCAUAGUGGUGGCGGGCAAAGUAGCUUCACCCGACUCAGCCUCUUACCUUGCCAUUCGCCUCCUUCCCUGCCGCCCACCAGACCCAGCAGUGGCGAGGGAUGUGGAUCUCAUAGUGGUGGCGGGCAAAGUAGCUUCACCCGACUCAGCCUCUUACCUUGCCAUUCGCCUCCUUCCCUGCCGCCCACCAGACCCAGCAGUGGCGAGGGAUGUGGAUCUCAUAGUGGUGGCGGGCAAAGUAGCUUCACCCGACUCAGCCUCUUACCUUGCCAUUCGCCUCCUUCCCUGCCGCCCACCAGACCCAGCAGUGGCGAGGGAUGUGGAUCUCAUAGUGGUGGCGGGCAAAGUAGCUUCACCCGACUCAGCCUCUUACCUUGCCAUUCGCCUCCUUCCCUGCCGCCCACCAGACCCAGCAGUGGCGAGGGAUGUGGAUCUCAUAGUGGUGGCGGGCAAAGUAGCUUCACCCGACUCAGCCUCUUACCUUGCCAUUCGCCUCCUUCCCUGCCGCCCACCAGACCCAGCAGUGGCGAGGGAUGUGGAUCUCAUAGUGGUGGCGGGCAAAGUAGCUUCACCCGACUCAGCCUCUUACCUUGCCAUUCGCCUCCUUCCCUGCCGCCCACCAGACCCAGCAGUGGCGAGGGAUGUGGAUCUCAUAGUGGUGGCGGGCAAAGUAGCUUCACCCGACUCAGCCUCUUACCUUGCCAUUCGCCUCCUUCCCUGCCGCCCACCAGACCCAGCAGUGGCGAGGGAUGUGGAUCUCAUAGUGGUGGCGGGCAAAGUAGCUUCACCCGACUCAGCCUCUUACCUUGCCAUUCGCCUCCUUCCCUGCCGCCCACCAGACCCAGCAGUGGCGAGGGAUGUGGAUCUCAUAGUGGUGGCGGGCAAAGUAGCUUCACCCGACUCAGCCUCUUACCUUGCCAUUCGCCUCCUUCCCUGCCGCCCACCAGACCCAGCAGUGGCGAGGGAUGUGGAUCUCAUAGUGGUGGCGGGCAAAGUAGCUUCACCCGACUCAGCCUCUUACCUUGCCAUUCGCCUCCUUCCCUGCCGCCCACCAGACCCAGCAGUGGCGAGGGAUGUGGAUCUCAUAGUGGUGGCGGGCAAAGUAGCUUCACCCGACUCAGCCUCUUACCUUGCCAUUCGCCUCCUUCCCUGCCGCCCACCAGACCCAGCAGUGGCGAGGGAUGUGGAUCUCAUAGUGGUGGCGGGCAAAGUAGCUUCACCCGACUCAGCCUCUUACCUUGCCAUUCGCCUCCUUCCCUGCCGCCCACCAGACCCAGCAGUGGCGAGGGAUGUGGAUCUCAUAGUGGUGGCGGGCAAAGUAGCUUCACCCGACUCAGCCUCUUACCUUGCCAUUCGCCUCCUUCCCUGCCGCCCACCAGACCCAGCAGUGGCGAGGGAUGUGGAUCUCAUAGUGGUGGCGGGCAAAGUAGCUUCACCCGACUCAGCCUCUUACCUUGCCAUUCGCCUCCUUCCCUGCCGCCCACCAGACCCAGCAGUGGCGAGGGAUGUGGAUCUCAUAGUGGUGGCGGGCAAAGUAGCUUCACCCGACUCAGCCUCUUACCUUGCCAUUCGCCUCCUUCCCUGCCGCCCACCAGACCCAGCAGUGGCGAGGGAUGUGGAUCUCAUAGUGGUGGCGGGCAAAGUAGCUUCACCCGACUCAGCCUCUUACCUUGCCAUUCGCCUCCUUCCCUGCCGCCCACCAGACCCAGCAGUGGCGAGGGAUGUGGAUCUCAUAGUGGUGGCGGGCAAAGUAGCUUCACCCGACUCAGCCUCUUACCUUGCCAUUCGCCUCCUUCCCUGCCGCCCACCAGACCCAGCAGUGGCGAGGGAUGUGGAUCUCAUAGUGGUGGCGGGCAAAGUAGCUUCACCCGACUCAGCCUCUUACCUUGCCAUUCGCCUCCUUCCCUGCCGCCCACCAGACCCAGCAGUGGCGAGGGAUGUGGAUCUCAUAGUGGUGGCGGGCAAAGUAGCUUCACCCGACUCAGCCUCUUACCUUGCCAUUCGCCUCCUUCCCUGCCGCCCACCAGACCCAGCAGUGGCGAGGGAUGUGGAUCUCAUAGUGGUGGCGGGCAAAGUAGCUUCACCCGACUCAGCCUCUUACCUUGCCAUUCGCCUCCUUCCCUGCCGCCCACCAGACCCAGCAGUGGCGAGGGAUGUGGAUCUCAUAGUGGUGGCGGGCAAAGUAGCUUCACCCGACUCAGCCUCUUACCUUGCCAUUCGCCUCCUUCCCUGCCGCCCACCAGACCCAGCAGUGGCGAGGGAUGUGGAUCUCAUAGUGGUGGCGGGCAAAGUAGCUUCACCCGACUCAGCCUCUUACCUUGCCAUUCGCCUCCUUCCCUGCCGCCCACCAGACCCAGCAGUGGCGAGGGAUGUGGAUCUCAUAGUGGUGGCGGGCAAAGUAGCUUCACCCGACUCAGCCUCUUACCUUGCCAUUCGCCUCCUUCCCUGCCGCCCACCAGACCCAGCAGUGGCGAGGGAUGUGGAUCUCAUAGUGGUGGCGGGCAAAGUAGCUUCACCCGACUCAGCCUCUUACCUUGCCAUUCGCCUCCUUCCCUGCCGCCCACCAGACCCAGCAGUGGCGAGGGAUGUGGAUCUCAUAGUGGUGGCGGGCAAAGUAGCUUCACCCGACUCAGCCUCUUACCUUGCCAUUCGCCUCCUUCCCUGCCGCCCACCAGACCCAGCAGUGGCGAGGGAUGUGGAUCUCAUAGUGGUGGCGGGCAAAGUAGCUUCACCCGACUCAGCCUCUUACCUUGCCAUUCGCCUCCUUCCCUGCCGCCCACCAGACCCAGCAGUGGCGAGGGAUGUGGAUCUCAUAGUGGUGGCGGGCAAAGUAGCUUCACCCGACUCAGCCUCUUACCUUGCCAUUCGCCUCCUUCCCUGCCGCCCACCAGACCCAGCAGUGGCGAGGGAUGUGGAUCUCAUAGUGGUGGCGGGCAAAGUAGCUUCACCCGACUCAGCCUCUUACCUUGCCAUUCGCCUCCUUCCCUGCCGCCCACCAGACCCAGCAGUGGCGAGGGAUGUGGAUCUCAUAGUGGUGGCGGGCAAAGUAGCUUCACCCGACUCAGCCUCUUACCUUGCCAUUCGCCUCCUUCCCUGCCGCCCACCAGACCCAGCAGUGGCGAGGGAUGUGGAUCUCAUAGUGGUGGCGGGCAAAGUAGCUUCACCCGACUCAGCCUCUUACCUUGCCAUUCGCCUCCUUCCCUGCCGCCCACCAGACCCAGCAGUGGCGAGGGAUGUGGAUCUCAUAGUGGUGGCGGGCAAAGUAGCUUCACCCGACUCAGCCUCUUACCUUGCCAUUCGCCUCCUUCCCUGCCGCCCACCAGACCCAGCAGUGGCGAGGGAUGUGGAUCUCAUAGUGGUGGCGGGCAAAGUAGCUUCACCCGACUCAGCCUCUUACCUUGCCAUUCGCCUCCUUCCCUGCCGCCCACCAGACCCAGCAGUGGCGAGGGAUGUGGAUCUCAUAGUGGUGGCGGGCAAAGUAGCUUCACCCGACUCAGCCUCUUACCUUGCCAUUCGCCUCCUUCCCUGCCGCCCACCAGACCCAGCAGUGGCGAGGGAUGUGGAUCUCAUAGUGGUGGCGGGCAAAGUAGCUUCACCCGACUCAGCCUCUUACCUUGCCAUUCGCCUCCUUCCCUGCCGCCCACCAGACCCAGCAGUGGCGAGGGAUGUGGAUCUCAUAGUGGUGGCGGGCAAAGUAGCUUCACCCGACUCAGCCUCUUACCUUGCCAUUCGCCUCCUUCCCUGCCGCCCACCAGACCCAGCAGUGGCGAGGGAUGUGGAUCUCAUAGUGGUGGCGGGCAAAGUAGCUUCACCCGACUCAGCCUCUUACCUUGCCAUUCGCCUCCUUCCCUGCCGCCCACCAGACCCAGCAGUGGCGAGGGAUGUGGAUCUCAUAGUGGUGGCGGGCAAAGUAGCUUCACCCGACUCAGCCUCUUACCUUGCCAUUCGCCUCCUUCCCUGCCGCCCACCAGACCCAGCAGUGGCGAGGGAUGUGGAUCUCAUAGUGGUGGCGGGCAAAGUAGCUUCACCCGACUCAGCCUCUUACCUUGCCAUUCGCCUCCUUCCCUGCCGCCCACCAGACCCAGCAGUGGCGAGGGAUGUGGAUCUCAUAGUGGUGGCGGGCAAAGUAGCUUCACCCGACUCAGCCUCUUACCUUGCCAUUCGCCUCCUUCCCUGCCGCCCACCAGACCCAGCAGUGGCGAGGGAUGUGGAUCUCAUAGUGGUGGCGGGCAAAGUAGCUUCACCCGACUCAGCCUCUUACCUUGCCAUUCGCCUCCUUCCCUGCCGCCCACCAGACCCAGCAGUGGCGAGGGAUGUGGAUCUCAUAGUGGUGGCGGGCAAAGUAGCUUCACCCGACUCAGCCUCUUACCUUGCCAUUCGCCUCCUUCCCUGCCGCCCACCAGACCCAGCAGUGGCGAGGGAUGUGGAUCUCAUAGUGGUGGCGGGCAAAGUAGCUUCACCCGACUCAGCCUCUUACCUUGCCAUUCGCCUCCUUCCCUGCCGCCCACCAGACCCAGCAGUGGCGAGGGAUGUGGAUCUCAUAGUGGUGGCGGGCAAAGUAGCUUCACCCGACUCAGCCUCUUACCUUGCCAUUCGCCUCCUUCCCUGCCGCCCACCAGACCCAGCAGUGGCGAGGGAUGUGGAUCUCAUAGUGGUGGCGGGCAAAGUAGCUUCACCCGACUCAGCCUCUUACCUUGCCAUUCGCCUCCUUCCCUGCCGCCCACCAGACCCAGCAGUGGCGAGGGAUGUGGAUCUCAUAGUGGUGGCGGGCAAAGUAGCUUCACCCGACUCAGCCUCUUACCUUGCCAUUCGCCUCCUUCCCUGCCGCCCACCAGACCCAGCAGUGGCGAGGGAUGUGGAUCUCAUAGUGGUGGCGGGCAAAGUAGCUUCACCCGACUCAGCCUCUUACCUUGCCAUUCGCCUCCUUCCCUGCCGCCCACCAGACCCAGCAGUGGCGAGGGAUGUGGAUCUCAUAGUGGUGGCGGGCAAAGUAGCUUCACCCGACUCAGCCUCUUACCUUGCCAUUCGCCUCCUUCCCUGCCGCCCACCAGACCCAGCAGUGGCGAGGGAUGUGGAUCUCAUAGUGGUGGCGGGCAAAGUAGCUUCACCCGACUCAGCCUCUUACCUUGCCAUUCGCCUCCUUCCCUGCCGCCCACCAGACCCAGCAGUGGCGAGGGAUGUGGAUCUCAUAGUGGUGGCGGGCAAAGUAGCUUCACCCGACUCAGCCUCUUACCUUGCCAUUCGCCUCCUUCCCUGCCGCCCACCAGACCCAGCAGUGGCGAGGGAUGUGGAUCUCAUAGUGGUGGCGGGCAAAGUAGCUUCACCCGACUCAGCCUCUUACCUUGCCAUUCGCCUCCUUCCCUGCCGCCCACCAGACCCAGCAGUGGCGAGGGAUGUGGAUCUCAUAGUGGUGGCGGGCAAAGUAGCUUCACCCGACUCAGCCUCUUACCUUGCCAUUCGCCUCCUUCCCUGCCGCCCACCAGACCCAGCAGUGGCGAGGGAUGUGGAUCUCAUAGUGGUGGCGGGCAAAGUAGCUUCACCCGACUCAGCCUCUUACCUUGCCAUUCGCCUCCUUCCCUGCCGCCCACCAGACCCAGCAGUGGCGAGGGAUGUGGAUCUCAUAGUGGUGGCGGGCAAAGUAGCUUCACCCGACUCAGCCUCUUACCUUGCCAUUCGCCUCCUUCCCUGCCGCCCACCAGACCCAGCAGUGGCGAGGGAUGUGGAUCUCAUAGUGGUGGCGGGCAAAGUAGCUUCACCCGACUCAGCCUCUUACCUUGCCAUUCGCCUCCUUCCCUGCCGCCCACCAGACCCAGCAGUGGCGAGGGAUGUGGAUCUCAUAGUGGUGGCGGGCAAAGUAGCUUCACCCGACUCAGCCUCUUACCUUGCCAUUCGCCUCCUUCCCUGCCGCCCACCAGACCCAGCAGUGGCGAGGGAUGUGGAUCUCAUAGUGGUGGCGGGCAAAGUAGCUUCACCCGACUCAGCCUCUUACCUUGCCAUUCGCCUCCUUCCCUGCCGCCCACCAGACCCAGCAGUGGCGAGGGAUGUGGAUCUCAUAGUGGUGGCGGGCAAAGUAGCUUCACCCGACUCAGCCUCUUACCUUGCCAUUCGCCUCCUUCCCUGCCGCCCACCAGACCCAGCAGUGGCGAGGGAUGUGGAUCUCAUAGUGGUGGCGGGCAAAGUAGCUUCACCCGACUCAGCCUCUUACCUUGCCAUUCGCCUCCUUCCCUGCCGCCCACCAGACCCAGCAGUGGCGAGGGAUGUGGAUCUCAUAGUGGUGGCGGGCAAAGUAGCUUCACCCGACUCAGCCUCUUACCUUGCCAUUCGCCUCCUUCCCUGCCGCCCACCAGACCCAGCAGUGGCGAGGGAUGUGGAUCUCAUAGUGGUGGCGGGCAAAGUAGCUUCACCCGACUCAGCCUCUUACCUUGCCAUUCGCCUCCUUCCCUGCCGCCCACCAGACCCAGCAGUGGCGAGGGAUGUGGAUCUCAUAGUGGUGGCGGGCAAAGUAGCUUCACCCGACUCAGCCUCUUACCUUGCCAUUCGCCUCCUUCCCUGCCGCCCACCAGACCCAGCAGUGGCGAGGGAUGUGGAUCUCAUAGUGGUGGCGGGCAAAGUAGCUUCACCCGACUCAGCCUCUUACCUUGCCAUUCGCCUCCUUCCCUGCCGCCCACCAGACCCAGCAGUGGCGAGGGAUGUGGAUCUCAUAGUGGUGGCGGGCAAAGUAGCUUCACCCGACUCAGCCUCUUACCUUGCCAUUCGCCUCCUUCCCUGCCGCCCACCAGACCCAGCAGUGGCGAGGGAUGUGGAUCUCAUAGUGGUGGCGGGCAAAGUAGCUUCACCCGACUCAGCCUCUUACCUUGCCAUUCGCCUCCUUCCCUGCCGCCCACCAGACCCAGCAGUGGCGAGGGAUGUGGAUCUCAUAGUGGUGGCGGGCAAAGUAGCUUCACCCGACUCAGCCUCUUACCUUGCCAUUCGCCUCCUUCCCUGCCGCCCACCAGACCCAGCAGUGGCGAGGGAUGUGGAUCUCAUAGUGGUGGCGGGCAAAGUAGCUUCACCCGACUCAGCCUCUUACCUUGCCAUUCGCCUCCUUCCCUGCCGCCCACCAGACCCAGCAGUGGCGAGGGAUGUGGAUCUCAUAGUGGUGGCGGGCAAAGUAGCUUCACCCGACUCAGCCUCUUACCUUGCCAUUCGCCUCCUUCCCUGCCGCCCACCAGACCCAGCAGUGGCGAGGGAUGUGGAUCUCAUAGUGGUGGCGGGCAAAGUAGCUUCACCCGACUCAGCCUCUUACCUUGCCAUUCGCCUCCUUCCCUGCCGCCCACCAGACCCAGCAGUGGCGAGGGAUGUGGAUCUCAUAGUGGUGGCGGGCAAAGUAGCUUCACCCGACUCAGCCUCUUACCUUGCCAUUCGCCUCCUUCCCUGCCGCCCACCAGACCCAGCAGUGGCGAGGGAUGUGGAUCUCAUAGUGGUGGCGGGCAAAGUAGCUUCACCCGACUCAGCCUCUUACCUUGCCAUUCGCCUCCUUCCCUGCCGCCCACCAGACCCAGCAGUGGCGAGGGAUGUGGAUCUCAUAGUGGUGGCGGGCAAAGUAGCUUCACCCGACUCAGCCUCUUACCUUGCCAUUCGCCUCCUUCCCUGCCGCCCACCAGACCCAGCAGUGGCGAGGGAUGUGGAUCUCAUAGUGGUGGCGGGCAAAGUAGCUUCACCCGACUCAGCCUCUUACCUUGCCAUUCGCCUCCUUCCCUGCCGCCCACCAGACCCAGCAGUGGCGAGGGAUGUGGAUCUCAUAGUGGUGGCGGGCAAAGUAGCUUCACCCGACUCAGCCUCUUACCUUGCCAUUCGCCUCCUUCCCUGCCGCCCACCAGACCCAGCAGUGGCGAGGGAUGUGGAUCUCAUAGUGGUGGCGGGCAAAGUAGCUUCACCCGACUCAGCCUCUUACCUUGCCAUUCGCCUCCUUCCCUGCCGCCCACCAGACCCAGCAGUGGCGAGGGAUGUGGAUCUCAUAGUGGUGGCGGGCAAAGUAGCUUCACCCGACUCAGCCUCUUACCUUGCCAUUCGCCUCCUUCCCUGCCGCCCACCAGACCCAGCAGUGGCGAGGGAUGUGGAUCUCAUAGUGGUGGCGGGCAAAGUAGCUUCACCCGACUCAGCCUCUUACCUUGCCAUUCGCCUCCUUCCCUGCCGCCCACCAGACCCAGCAGUGGCGAGGGAUGUGGAUCUCAUAGUGGUGGCGGGCAAAGUAGCUUCACCCGACUCAGCCUCUUACCUUGCCAUUCGCCUCCUUCCCUGCCGCCCACCAGACCCAGCAGUGGCGAGGGAUGUGGAUCUCAUAGUGGUGGCGGGCAAAGUAGCUUCACCCGACUCAGCCUCUUACCUUGCCAUUCGCCUCCUUCCCUGCCGCCCACCAGACCCAGCAGUGGCGAGGGAUGUGGAUCUCAUAGUGGUGGCGGGCAAAGUAGCUUCACCCGACUCAGCCUCUUACCUUGCCAUUCGCCUCCUUCCCUGCCGCCCACCAGACCCAGCAGUGGCGAGGGAUGUGGAUCUCAUAGUGGUGGCGGGCAAAGUAGCUUCACCCGACUCAGCCUCUUACCUUGCCAUUCGCCUCCUUCCCUGCCGCCCACCAGACCCAGCAGUGGCGAGGGAUGUGGAUCUCAUAGUGGUGGCGGGCAAAGUAGCUUCACCCGACUCAGCCUCUUACCUUGCCAUUCGCCUCCUUCCCUGCCGCCCACCAGACCCAGCAGUGGCGAGGGAUGUGGAUCUCAUAGUGGUGGCGGGCAAAGUAGCUUCACCCGACUCAGCCUCUUACCUUGCCAUUCGCCUCCUUCCCUGCCGCCCACCAGACCCAGCAGUGGCGAGGGAUGUGGAUCUCAUAGUGGUGGCGGGCAAAGUAGCUUCACCCGACUCAGCCUCUUACCUUGCCAUUCGCCUCCUUCCCUGCCGCCCACCAGACCCAGCAGUGGCGAGGGAUGUGGAUCUCAUAGUGGUGGCGGGCAAAGUAGCUUCACCCGACUCAGCCUCUUACCUUGCCAUUCGCCUCCUUCCCUGCCGCCCACCAGACCCAGCAGUGGCGAGGGAUGUGGAUCUCAUAGUGGUGGCGGGCAAAGUAGCUUCACCCGACUCAGCCUCUUACCUUGCCAUUCGCCUCCUUCCCUGCCGCCCACCAGACCCAGCAGUGGCGAGGGAUGUGGAUCUCAUAGUGGUGGCGGGCAAAGUAGCUUCACCCGACUCAGCCUCUUACCUUGCCAUUCGCCUCCUUCCCUGCCGCCCACCAGACCCAGCAGUGGCGAGGGAUGUGGAUCUCAUAGUGGUGGCGGGCAAAGUAGCUUCACCCGACUCAGCCUCUUACCUUGCCAUUCGCCUCCUUCCCUGCCGCCCACCAGACCCAGCAGUGGCGAGGGAUGUGGAUCUCAUAGUGGCAGCGGGCAGCACCAAAGUGGAGACGCAUGACAUCGGGCGGUCAGGCCGAAGGGAGCACCGAGUGGUGGACGCCAGUAGAAAGCGGUUCAAAGUGGUGAAGCUCACAGCGCUUGCUGCCAUCAACAGAGUGGAAGUCAGAGCAACCUACGACCCGCCUUUCAGGGUGGAAACAGAGCCAGGCGAGGGGGAGCGCAUGCGGGUGGUGGUGAGCGCAGACAAGGAGGUGGAGCUCACACUGCCCUCGCAGCGAGCCCGGGAUGUGAUGGUGCUGUGUCUGCGUGCGUUCAUGCAGCAGCACCGCACAGCCAAGCACCAUUAG